AACUGGUAUGGGGAGUCUGUGAAGUUUCAAGAUGAGCAGAUUUCAGUGAUGCGAAAGCGGAAUAACUCGCCCACUCAAGAUAAUGACAGCUCUGUUACCAAAACAUUGUCGGACAGCAGUCUGAAAUACAAUACAGGAGAGGGGAACACAGACUCCGGUGCCCAAUACAAUUCUGCAGACCCGGACAAGACGAUGGGCAGAGCAUUCAGAAGGGCCUUGGCAGUGUGCGUGGGCCCAGGCCUCAUCACCUUCUGCUGCCUCCCACAGGGGAGGGGCCUUCUAUGGAGACUCAGGAGGAUGUUGAUGUGGCUGCUGGGCUUCUACCUGGCCAUCCCAGUUAUCAUCAAACUCUGCCCCUCCAUUCAAGCCAAACUAGUGUUUUUAAAUUUUGUGCGGAUGCCCUACUUCAUCGACUUGAAGCGGCCGCAGGACCAGGGCCUCAACCACACCCACAACUUCUACCUGCAGCCGGAGGAGGGCAUCAACGUCGGCGUGUGGCACACGGUCCCCGCACACAUGUGGAAGGAGGCCCAGGGGAAGGACCACGAGUGGUACGAGAACACGCUCCAGUCCUUCCACCCCGUCAUGCUCUAUCUCCACGGAAACGCUGGCACCAGGGGAGGAGACCACAGAGUGCAGCUCUAUAAGGUUCUCAGUUCAUUGGGCUACCAUGUAGUCACAUUUGAUUAUAGAGGUUGGGGCGACUCUGAAGGCAGUCCCUCUGAGAAGGGCAUGACCUCAGAUGCCCACUUCAUCUACCAGUGGCUGAAGCAGAGGACCGGCAGGAAGCCGCUCUACAUCUGGGGCCACUCGCUGGGCACUGGCGUGGCCACAAACCUUGUCCGACAUCUGUGUGAGCGAGGAACUCCACCAGAUUCUUUGAUACUGGAGUCGCCGUUCACCAAUAUUCGAGAGGAAGCCAAAAGCCAUCCUUUUUCAAUGGUCUACAGAUACCUACCUGGAUUUGAUUGGUUCUUUCUGGAUUCCAUAACGGCAAAUGACAUUCGAUUUGCCAGCGAUGAGAAUGUGAACCACAUAUCGUGCCCUGUUCUCAUCCUGCAUGCAGAGGACGACACAGUUGUACCCUUCCACCUUGGAAAGAAGCUGUACAACAUUGCUGCCCAGUCCAAGAGUCUGAGUGGACACAAGGUCCAGUUCAUCCCUUUCCCCGUCAGCCUGGGCUACCGACACAAAUUCAUCUACAGGAGUCUGGAGCUGCCACAUAUACUCAGUGACUUUCUUGGCACAACACAUCCCCACGUGUAGCUGACUUUGUCCCAUGCCACCUCCCGGACACCAACUCCUUUCUCCUCCCUUUUCCCAAACACAGAUACACAUGUGCGCACACACACACACACACACACACACACACACACACACAAACACACACAUACAUACACAUAAACAUACGUACACACAUACCUUUUACUCAUAAUAACAUAAACACGCUCGUAAAUUUGUGUACAGGAUACAUCUCAAAACACACGCAUUGCAUACACAAAACAGAUCUAGUACUGUACACAGAAGCAUGGACUGACAGAAGACUUGCACCAUCCCACUCCUUUUCCCCUUUAAGCUACUGACAUACCUGCAGGAUGACCGAGAGAUAGAGUGAGAGAUGGAGGAAGAAAAAAGAAAGAAAGAAGGAAAGGAAGAAGGGAUGACGGAUGGACGAACGCGACGCAAAGCAACUUUGAAAAAUCCGCACACACCCCUGUGUUCACCGGUUACCAAGUCACUGAAGGCAGCUGCGUCUGGGGCGCAAGGCUACGAUACACGCACCAGAUUAACGAGACCUCGUCACGAGCGAGAGGCAUCAGCCAACACUGGAGAAGGAAACGGAUUAGGCGUCGGCACUGAAGUUGUUUUAAACUGCACAAUGUAAGGAAAGAGGGAAUAAUAGGGAUAUGAGAGGGGGAGAGAGAGAGAGAGAGAGAAAGAAGAUGUGGUAAAUUGUGAAUAUGGUCUCAGGAGAUGUCUACUCCCCUGUACUCUCUCUGCCAUCUCAGAGAUGAAGAGGAGUGGAGAGUUCUAAAAAAAAGACGAGGGCCAGUAGUGUUUCUUUUAAUUUUUCCAGAUGAGCUUUGUUCUAUUUAUUCACCCCCUACAUCUUCUUGGACAUAAUAUUGCAACUGACACUGAUCUCUAACAUGACCGCUCGCACCAAUCAAAUUCUUCUAACCUCUUGCUAUAAUGUGAACUCCAAAUGUUAUUUUGUUCUGAAGCGCCUAGUGGAAGACCAAGGACACCACGCAACUUUAUAUUUGUGAAGUAUGUCAUACUUGAACGUGUAUUAUGUAUGAAAAUGUCAUUUUAUCUCUUUUUUUUCCCCUUUUUGUUUCUAAUAUUUGAGUUUCUUUGCACUCUCCUCUGCCCCCAUGCACUCACACCACACACUCUAUACGCACGCAUGCACGCGCGCGCGCGCACACACACACACACACACACACACACACACACACACAUACACACUGCACACUUGUUAGUCUCAUAAGAUACUCUGAGACUUUUGAUGAAUAAUGUUACAGCUCAACAGAAGACGGUGGUAGCCUUCAACUCGUGUUACCAAUAGAGAUAAUGACACUGUCUCCAUGACGAGCGCUAUGGCUUCUAUGCAGCACAUUCUCAUGCAGCAGUGACUCCAAGGGUCUUUUUGAUUUUUGUCUCUCCUACUUCCUACCAUUUGUUUUGGUUAGACAGGCUUCUGACCAUGUUCAUUCAGUGGCUGCCCUACCGCCUCUGAAAAGACUGACAUGAGCGUUUGUCUGGCUCUGCAGGGUGGACCGUCCGGAGCCUGUAAAGGUUCACUAUAAGUGGGCAUGGCUGCCAGCCGCUGGAGCCUGACCCAGUAGAGAUU